GCAGCGGUUUCCUCCGUCAGUUGACGAUGGAGUCUCUGCUGGUCUGUCUGAUCCUCCUCUCCGUCAGCGGUUUCUGGUUGGAGCAGCCUGCCUCCGCCCUGCCAGCCUCCACUGUACAGGUGAGAGUCGGGGAGAACGCCACCCUGCAGUGCCCCCUGCUGGAUGCCUUCAACGCCUCCACCACUAAUGCCUCCAACACCACCGCCAUCAGUGCUGCGUACUCCACCCUCAGCUGGUACAGGAAGACAGCAGGACAGAGUCCAGAGCUGCUGGUGACCAUCAGGCGUGCAGACAUGUCUAAUGUGAAGUAUGGCGCCGGUGUUGGUCCUGAUAAAGUCUCAGCUGCAGCCAACGGCUCGCUGCUGCUGCACAACUCUGAGCAGAGCGACUCAGCAGUUUAUUACUGCGGCAUCACUCAGGGAGAAGACCCCAAGAUGAAACCCAACGCCACAGGAGCUCACUGAGGAUUGAUGGGAACUCUGCAGCUGGUUACUGGCCUGGUCUGUCC